AUGUGUCCUGAAAAUAUUUCUAAUGAAAACUUUACACAAGUGUCGUUACAAAACUCACAGCAACAGAAAGAAAUUGUAAAUUGUGAAUCAUUAGAUAAAAAUGAGACAUUAAUUCCUGUAGAUAACAAUGAUAAGAAUAAAAUAUCAAGACAUUUGGAAAGUUGUCCACCUGUUAAAUUGAAUACACCUAAUGUUUCUAGAAUGUCAAGAAAGAGUAUGGAAGCACCAGUAAUUGAAUUGUGUAGUAAAGAAUCAUUAAAACAAGAUAAGUCUCCAGUUAAAGUUCAAACUGGUACUCCCAAACUCACUCGGUCUGGUCGAAUGGUCAAACCGCCACAUAGAUUGGAUCUU